AUGUAUCAACAACAUCCAUAUUAUCAGGGUCAAGUACCUGUAGCUACCGUUGCUGCUUCUGUACCUGCACCACCUACUUUUCAUCAUAGAUCAAAUUCAUCUUUUGGAUUUAUGCAACAGCAACAACAACCAAAUCAUUAUUCAACACCUCCAUCAGGUUAUUUUUCCUCAGGUUCCAUUCCCGCUCCACUUGGUUUAAAACAUUCAAGAUCCUUUUAUAAUACUAAUAAUACUCAACAACAACCAACUCAAAUACAGCCUGUUCAAGCUUAUAAUGGAUUUAUUGCUCCAACUAUGGGACAUAUGGUAAUGCCAAUUGCUCCACCAAAUGUCAUUGCACCACCUCAACCACAAGGAAUCCAACCAGCUCCUCCAGCUGAUGAACAAGUCAAUGGAGGUAUUAAUUCUGUAUUGGAAUAUGACUUGAAUACUAUGGCUUGCUUUUUAAGUUGGUGUUCAUUUGGAAUGUUAAAACAACGUCGUAAUCCAACCAAAGAGUUUGAAAGCUUGAUUGUAUCAGUAUUAUUUGCCACAAGAUUACCUAAAUCUACUAUCAUCAUUGCUCUUGAAUAUAUGAAUCAAAGAUUCUCAAGUCAUAGUGAUUUAUCUCUUGGUGGUUCAGGUAAGAAAUUAACUGAACAAGAAAUCUUUGUCAAUUUGAUUGUUAGUUUAAUUUUGGCUAAUAAAUUUAAUGAUGAUAAUACAUUUACUAAUAAAUCAUGGUGUGGAGCUACUGGAUUACAGUUACAAGUAUUAAAUAAGGAAGAAAAAGAUUGGUUAGAUGAAUGCAAAUGGAGCUUAAAUGUGGUGAAUUUUGAAUCAAAUAUAAUCACUUUAGAAGAAUGUUGGACUACUUGGUUAGAUAAAUAUGGUAAUAAUCAAGAUGCUAUAGAAACUCCAGCUGUACCUUCAACCACAUUAGCUCCUUCGAAAAUAAAUAAUAUAAUAAGCUCUUCUCCAGCUUCAAUUCAUCAACAAUAUUAUCACCCUCAUCAUCAAUACAAUUCUUCAUUGUCUUCAAAAAUGUCAAACUCUUAUUCGAGUAUUCCAUCAUCUCCAAUAUAUUCAGACACUUAUUAUUAUCCUUCAUCAUCAUCUCCACUGAUAACACCUCCUACAAAAUAUAAUGAAGGAUCUUUAUGGGCUGAUAAUUUUGCUCCAACCACUCAUUCAAUUGUAUCUCAACAACAAGGUCCAACUUCAUCAACUAUAAUAGCACCAUCUGGUUCAAUAUGGACUACAAAUGCUAAUAACAAUAACACUACUACCCCUAAUAUUUCCUUUCAACCUCAUGGACAUCCACCAGCAAUACCGUUUUUAAACACAUCUACAACAAGUUAUCCUUUCCAUCAUCAUCCGCUUAUACAUCAUGGUGGUGGAUUUGUUGGAUAUGCUAAUCCUUACUACAUGGCAUCUUGUUAA